ACGACCCGGACAAGAUGGCGACGCUGCAGGGCGGGCUCCUGGGGCCGGACCCCGGGGCGCUGAGCCCCGCGCAGCAGGAGCAGCUGCGGGACUUCAAGAUUCAGACUCGGAUUGCUAACGAAAAAUACCUGAGGACCCACAAAGAAGUGGACCUGCUCAUAAGCGGUUUCUUCAGAGAAAUGUUUCUGAAAAGACCAGACAACAUCCAAGAAUUUGCUGCAGACUAUUUCACAGAUCCAAGACUUCCCAACAAGAUUCACAUGCAGCUAAUUAAGGAGAAGAAAGCAGCUUAAUUAGCAGAAUCAUGAUGCUCAGCUGCCGAGAGAGACCAGAAAGAAUCCAGCCUUAGGGGUCUCCUGGAAGCAAGGGAGCCCUUUGUCAUCAUCAGUGUGUGGUUCCAAGCCUCCUUGGGCCGUGUCUGCUGUUGCAAAGGCUUUUAAAGAUAUUCAUUAAAAACAGACCUUUCCACUC